AUGUGUUGUGCACUCGUGUGGGUCAUGCAAAAGCUCCAGCAAUACACUCUCUACCAUACUAUUCGCCUGCUGUCAACGAUAGAUCCCUUGAAUUACCUGUUCGGCAAUCCGUCCUCCAUGAGGAACAUAGCAAAAUGGCGCUGUCAACUGACAGAGUACGACAUCGAGUAUGUGUCGAGCACAUCGGUGAAGGGCCAAGCAAUUGCAGAUCAUCUAACAGAGUUUCCGAUUGAUGACGAUACACCGAUCAACUCUGACUUUCCAGACGAAGAGGUCCUCCAAGUGAGUGAUGAGGAGAAGAAUCCAGGAUGGAAGAUGUACUUUGACGGCGCAUUCAAUUCCACCGGGUUUGGUAUUGGUGCAGUGCUGAUAUCCCUUGAGAGGCGUCAUUUCCCUGUUGCAGCAAAGAUUGAUUUCUCCUACACCAACAACGUAGCCGAAUACGAAGCGUGUAUCCUUGGCUUGCAAGCGGCAAUCGACUUCAAAUUCAAGGAGCUAGAAGUGUUUUGGUGA